AUGACAGUGAGCGCAAGACAUCUCUUGGAGAUAUCAUUACCUAAGGUAGAUGGAGUGCUUUCAAAGCCAGAAAUACCUUAUUUGCCAAAGCCUGAACUUCCUUCACUACCGAAGGUUGAGUUACCUUCAUUCUCUCGCCUUGUACUGGAAAAGCCUAAUAUUCCUGAACUCCCAAAGAUGUCUGAAUUGCCAAAAGUACCUAACCUCGAUUUCUCCAGCUUUCCUAACGUUCCAAAAAUCCCUAAAUUUGAUUUCCCCAAUCUAUCUAAAGUUUCAAAUCUCCCAAAAAUUGAGCUCCCAAAAUUACAAUCGAAAGUGAUUGAACCUAAGGUUCCUAAAUUACCAGAAUUAUCAAAUGCGUCUAAACCAGAACUUCCUAAGUUUCCUAAAUUGAAAUCCAAUAUCCAAAAACCAAUUCUGCCUUAA